AAGACUGGGGCUGAGCAGGGCGGGGAGAAACGGUGCGCAAUCUCGGUCGCCCGCCUUGUGGGAGCAACCGAUCGAUCCUACAGCCCGAUCCUAUGCUGGUUUACUCGAAAGAAAACCCUACGCUGAGGCUUGCUCCCAAAUAAACCUCAGCACAAUUGCAGCCUUUGUGUUCUUAUCCAGUGCACACCCGCUGGUGUAUUGGCGGUGCACACGGUGCUUCUGACACAGGAUCCGGCGGGCACGAUCGACGGCGAGGGAACUUUGAUCCGCUCCUUGUCUGGGAGGACUGCGCUCUCCAUCAAUCAAUAGCAAGGGGCGCGGCCCAGCUCAGGCCCCGCCUCUUUCUGGAGCACGGGAGAGUAGCAGCGCCGGGUCCGAGACUUCAGCGGAGCAUCUGAAGAAGGGAGCAAAAUGUCGUCUGGCAUCGUGCCUUCCAAGAGCGGUUCCCCGCUGAGGAAGCGAAUCAGUCUUCAGGCUCCCAUCGCAGGAGAAGUCCACGGAGGGCCACGGUCCCGCCAACUACAGCCUGCACGGUCCCUUCCAGGGCCUACCCACUGCCUGAAGCAUUUUCCUGUUGACCUGCGCACGUCCAUGGAUGGCAAGUACAAAGAGAUUGCUGAGGAGCUGUUCUGCCGCUCAUUGGCUGAUAGCGAGAUGCGCAGUGCUCCCUAUGAGUUCCCUGAAGAUAGCCCCAUUGAACAGCUGGAGGAGAGACGUCAGCGGCUGGAGCGGCAAAUCAGCCAGGAUGUGAAACUAGAACCUGACAUUUUACUCAGAGCCAAACAGGACUUCCUGAAAAUUGACAGUGCUGCUGACUUACAAUUAUUUAAAGAGCAGAGUGAGGACCUGGUGGAUCAUUUCCCCAAAGAGCGAGAUGUGCUUCUAGAGAGGGAGUUCCAGAGGGUCACCAUUACUGGAGAAGAGACAUGUGGGGUGCCCUUCACAGACCUGUUGGAUGCUGCCAAGAGUGUGGUGAAGGCCUUGUUCAUUCGGGAGAAGUACAUGGGGCUGUCUCUGCAAAGCUACUGCAAGACCACAGCCCGCUUCCUACAGGACCUUUCAGAAAAGCCCUUGGCCCCAAGGAUGUAUGAGGAGAUCCCUGAAACCCCUGUGGCUGCAGAUGCUCCAGUUCACCCACCAUUUGCAAUUCGGCAUCCUUAUGAGAAAUGUGAACCUGAAUCAAUGCCGGGAGACCUUGGCUUCGGCCUCAAGAUGGUCGGUGGAGUGGUUCAUGUGUACACCAAACGGGACAUCACUGACAAGUCCACGGAACUGGACUUGCCUUACCCUGACCUGCAGGAGUUCGUUGCUGACAUGAAUGUCUUAAUGGCUCUGAUUAUUAAUGGUCCCAUAAAAUCCUUCUGCUACAGACGGCUGCAAUACCUGAGUUCAAAGUUCCAGAUGCAUGUUCUACUUAAUGAGAUGAAAGAGUUGGCUGCCCAGAAGAGGGUGCCCCAUCGUGACUUCUACAAUAUCCGAAAGCAGGUGGACACGCACAUCCAUGCAUCAUCCUGCAUGAACCAGAAGCAUCUGUUGCGCUUCAUCAAACGGGCAAUGAAGAAGCACCUAGAGGAAAUUGUCCAUGUGGAGAAGGGCAAGGAGCAAACCCUGAAGGAGGUCUUUGAGACCAUGAACCUCACAGCCUAUGACCUCAGUGUGGACACACUUGAUAUGCAUGCGGAUCGUAACACCUUCCAUCGCUUUGACAAGUUCAAUGCCAAAUACAACCCCAUAGGAGAGUCUGUCCUGCGUGAGAUUUUCAUCAAGACGGACAAUCAAGUCUCUGGGAAAUACUUUGCCCAUAUCAUCAAGGAGGUGAUGUCAGACCUGGAAGAGAGCAAGUAUCAGAAUGCAGAACUGCGGCUUUCCAUCUACGGUCGAGCACGGGACGAGUGGGACAAGUUGGCCAAGUGGGCCGUGACACACAAGGUGCAUUCCAACAACGUGCGCUGGCUGGUGCAGGUGCCUCGUCUGUUCGAUGUGUACAAGACAAAGAAGCAACUGGCCAACUUCCAGGAGAUGCUGGAGAACAUUUUCCUACCCCUCUUUGAAGCGACUGUCCAUCCUGCCAGCCACCCAGAUCUGCACCUCUUCUUGGAGCAUGUGGAUGGUUUUGACAGUGUGGAUGAUGAAUCCAAACCAGAACACCACAUCUUCAACCUAGACAGCCCCUUGCCUGGGAACUGGAUGGAAGAGGACAAUCCACCCUAUUCCUAUUACCUUUACUACACAUAUGCCAACAUGGUGGUGCUGAAUCACUUGCGCAGGAAGAGAGGCUUCCACACCUUCGUGCUGCGGCCCCACUGUGGAGAGGCAGGGCCCAUCCAUCACCUGGUAUCAGGUUUUAUGCUGUCGGAGAACAUAUCACAUGGCCUCCUGCUUCGCAAGGCACCCGUGCUGCAGUAUCUCUACUACCUGGCCCAGAUUGGCAUAGCCAUGUCUCCACUCAGCAACAACAGCCUAUUCUUGAGCUACCAUCGUAACCCGCUCCCAGAAUACCUGUCCCGGGGCCUCAUGGUCUCCCUCUCCACAGAUGACCCACUGCAGUUCCACUUCACUAAGGAGCCCCUGAUGGAGGAAUACAGCAUUGCCACACAGGUGUGGAAGCUCAGCUCCUGUGACAUGUGUGAACUUGCACGCAACAGUGUUCUCAUGAGUGGCUUUUCCCACAAGGUAAAAAGCUACUGGCUGGGACCCAACUACCUGAAGGAAGGGCCUGAGGGCAACGACAUACGUCGCACCAAUGUGCCAGACAUCCGGGUGGCCUUCCGCUAUGAGACACUUUGCCAGGAGCUGACCCUCAUCACGCAAGCAGUGCAGACAGAGGAACUGGAGACCAUCCAGGAGGAAGAUUCUUUGACCAUGAGUUCUGGCCUAGGUGCUCGCUGAAGGAUGCUGGUUCUCAAUCUCCCACUCAGCCCCAGCUUGGCUUGUCCAGGUGGGGCUGUCUCAGAGCAUGAAGAGACCUCCCUGCCCCACAGAUCUCUUUAAUUUUCUGUUGUGUUUUUUGUUUUUAAGUAUACUGUUACCAUCUGUAUUUCCUGGAAUGGGGAUAUCUUUUGUUUGCAUAUAUUAUCUGCUGGGGCACUCUGAGUGGGGAAUGGUUAAAAACCCCUACUGGAGUCUAGUAUGAAGGGGAGCAAACACCCUGCAAGUGGGAUUGGAGAGCUGGCAGUGCUGUUGAUGAGUGCAGGCUAGCAGCAGAGGCUGGAGAGUUGGGUACAAGCUUGUGGAAGGGAGCCAUUGAGCAAACCUUGGAGGGCCCUAGCAGGCAAAUUCAUGGGCACAGAGGCCCCAUGAAGCACAAGUACGUAAGCACAUGUACUGGUUAUAAUUGGAAUGGGAUGCUGUCUGUGUGGUGUUCUUAGUGUGUGGCCAACCCAGGGGCUAAAGUGUAGCAGUGCAGCUGAAGUGCAUGGGCAUUUGCAAGGUGCAGAUUUGGGGUGCUCUGCUGCCUUGAAUUUGUUUCCACAUCAAGCCUUCUCCUUGCCUGUUGCUAGCUGCAGCUUCCUAUUGGCUAAUGAAGCAUUCUCUGCGUUGAGCCGCCCUGCCUGUUAUCCUCAGCACAGCAUGUUGCCACAGCUCUUGCUCAGCAAUGGCCUUCACCCAUCAGUGUUAGAUUCCAGUGCCAAGAGACAGUCUUUGCUUUUCCUAUCAGAGCCCCACUCAUCUCUUUGGCUUGGGGAAAGUAUAAAUCCUUGAACCCCUUCAUGGGAUUACUGUGUAUGCGGUGGAGAGGGGGUGGACGUGGACCUUCAGUCUAGCCCAAGAUAAUAAAGAGAGGCUAGCAUGCCAGUUACAGGCAUUUUUAACUUUUUUGUGUCUCUCUGUCCUUUUCUGCAAUCAUGAUGUAUCGGAAGCAGGGUUGCAUGUCCUUCUUAAAAUGUUACAAGAGUAGGUUAAAGGUAGUUCUGGUGCUGGAAGGAUAACGUUGUUCUCUAGGGGAAAGUCUUGGCUCCAAGACACUUGCCUGGUAUGGUGGAAGAUCAGAGGAAAUGGCCUUUGCCUUAGGGGCAAGACAGAUGUCAUUUGGGGAAGUCCUGAUUCGCUCUCCCAAGGCUGGUUUUGAAAAUAAAAUCAUUUGCAGGGAAACUGCUCUGACUGGUGUGCUACUGGAUGGGGAGAAUUUAAACGUUUUCCUAAUUGUGUUGCCUUUCUAUCGAAAUCAUCCACCCAAAAGCUGCUGUUAGCCAGGCAGUAUGGCUAGAGUGAAGAUACUUUUAUUGUGCCUUUACAUUUCUUUUGCUGCAAGUCUAGCAGCUUUGAGUGGGGGUCCGAUCUAGAUUGCAAAAUGAUAAGGGGGAAAGGGUUACUCUCCUCCCCAGUCAGAAUCUACUCCAGUCAGAAUCAGCUCCCCUUAUAGGUGCGUUGAAGUAGCAAUGGAGGGGGGAUGUCUGGGAGAGUCAGUCAUGGGUCCCCCACAUCUCUUUUUGGCCACAUAUCAAGACAAGAUGUUUAGGACUGUCACACUUUGUUUACGACUAUGACAAUGACAUUAUUUAUGUAGAGAAAUAAAGAUGGCUCCCUGUCCCCAAAGGGCUCACAAUCUUAAAAAGAAACAUAAGACAGACACCAGCAACAGUCUCUGGAGGGAUACUGUGCUGGGGGUGGAUAGGGCCAGUUGCUCUCCCCCUGCUCAAUAAAGAGAAGCACCACUUUUAAAAGGUGCCUUUUUGCCAGUUAGUAUCAUCCUGGAGGGGUUUAUGCAAGGGGAGGGCAUGGGGAGGCAUGGCUUAGCACAGUGUCCUCAUCCAUUGGUUCACCUGUAUUUUCUCCACUCUUAAAUAAUCACAUUUAUUAAUGUAGAGAGUCUGACUUUUCUGAGAACGGUGGUAAGCAGUGCAGUAACUGCAUGUGUGGAUGGUUGUUGGUGCUAUUGUUCUGUCUCUCUGUUGAGAGACACAUAUGCCUGGCUGGAACAGACCAUGACUGAAACAGGAGGGAUAAAAGAGUAAGGGUCAGUCUACUGAGUCCCAAAAAUGACAUGUCAUCUCCUCUGUGGUGCGGAAGGAACAUUGUGAUUCUGUAUGUCGCUGCAGCUAGAAAAACAGGGACUGGCUGGCACUACAUAGAGCAUGUCUGGAAGUGCCCUUGUGAGAGAGCCUUAGAUGUGCCUGGGGAGCGAUACUCCUGCCUAGUCCGCUUUUGUCCAAGACUGGCUGCUUCCUGGUUGCUGUGGGUUGAGGACAAGUGGGAAUGUUUAGCAAUCAGUACCUAGCAAGGAGAACGUACCCUUCUCUCAUGCUUGGAUAUACCACUCAGAUGACUGACUUCCUUAUCCUCUGUAGCAGGGGGUUGAGGAGGCAACUACUUGUCAGGUCUGCCCUUACAUAAUACAUAUGUAUGUAGGAUUCGGGAUGUGCACUGGGCUUGGUUGGGCCUGAUUGCAGACCAGCCAGCCUACGUGGCAAACCAGUUUGGCCCAAACAGUUGGUGCACACCACUACCCUUUACCAGUCCACUGAACUGGUUCGACCCAGUUUGGCCGAAUGGACUGGCCCCCCUGGUUGGUUCGACCAAACUAGGUCGCAGAACCCCGGUCCGGUUCAAAUUCAAUCCAAAUUCGAACUGAACUGCAUAAACCAGUUCCAGGCACACCGCUAGGGACCUUCUUUCUAUAACAGACAAGAAUAAACACCAUUGCAAUUAUUAUUAUUAAAAAUAUUUAUAUACUGCUUUUCAACAACAAAAGUCCUCAACAAAAGUUCUAAAUAGCAAAAAGUAUGUGAAAAUGGUUUUCUGUCCCAAAAGGGUUCACAAGCUUCGUUGUAAACCGCCCAGAGAUGUAAGUUUUGGGUGAUAUAAAUAUGAUAAAUAAAAUAAAUAAACAACCGUUAAAAAAAAAAUCAUGCACCAGCAGUACCCACUGGAGCGAUGCUGUGCUGGGCUGAACAAGGGCCUCCUUCUGAGUAUAGAGCCACCACUUUAAAAAGUGCCUCUUUCCCAGUUAGCAGCGUUCAGCUUUCUUAUCAGCAAAGCUGCUGCCGUUCUGGGAACAGAUAGAAAUCUACUUGUGGUGGGAGUGGGAAUCUGGAGGUUGUGGUUGUGGUGGGAAUCUGGAGGAGGGAACAUGUUUUAACUUCUCCUUCCUAUGAAGCCAUGUUGCCAAAACCAGACACAUGCAACAAGACAAAGAAGGAGAUGGAUCCAGGCCUUUCUCAAUUGUACAUGUUGAGUCUUGCACAGUGAAAUGUCUGGUAGAAGGCGAGUCCCUACAAAGGACUUCCUCGGCAAAUUCCUGGCUAAAGGAGUCACCAGCAUGGAGUUCUUGAACCUUGCCAAUAGGCAGCCCACCGCACUUGGGAAACUGGGCCUUGGCCACCUCUUUAGCAAUGUUUGUGCAGCCACUUGUAGCAGAGAAUUCCUUGUGAGCAUGCCCUCCUAGAGUAGGAAACCAGCCUCAAACAGCAUCUGCUCUAGUCUUUUCUAGCUUUUAGACAAAUUUUUGUAUGCUCACUUUUAAAAUCAAUGACAGCCCAUUUUUCCAGUGUGACUUCCCACUUGCUGCUGAAUACUUCUGAUCUGAUCAGAAGCUUUGAGUGGGGAAUACUUCUGAUCUUAAAACAGUUUUAAUUCAGUGGAAAAAGAGAUUGCUGGAUAUUGAGUGGGUGCUGGGCAGCCGCUAAAAAGAAAUCCUUCUGAAGUGGGUAGAGAGAUUGCAAAACUCUCCCUCUGGGCUGCUUUGGACCAUGGUCUGAGAGGAAAUUACAAAAUGUAGCCCGUGCCUUGACUAGGAUAGUGCAUGCAGUGUGCCAAGAAUGGGUAGUUCCCCUUUGUGAUUCUACUUCCAAAAUGAGCACUUACUCUACUUUAAAGUCCCUGUUUUCGUAUUUGUCCAUGAGAGAGUGAGACCAUUCUUAAAGGGCCACGUGCUUGUCUAGCAUCUCAUUUUUGUGGUCUGGAACCUUUCCCUCCCUACCUCCAUGAUUUUGUUUGGGAUCUUGCUAAGUACCAAAAGUCUGCAAUAGAGAUAUUAUCUCUUGAUUUUGACCAGAAAACAUGUUUUGUAGAUUAGAAUUGCAAUGUUUUGGCUCAAAGCAAGGUUGUUCCUUAAGUUUUCUGAAGAUGUGAAGCAUCAACUUAGCCCAGGGGGUGGACAGUAACUGGUCUGUGUUUGAAAUGUUCAUUUUACACACACACAUACCCCAAUCCGCCCCCCCCCCCCGCUUGCCACAACCUGCCUUGCUUCCCUUUGGUACUUAGUGGGUAUACACCAUGUUAGUUUUUGCUUUGUCUGUUGGAGAUGAAAUGUAUACCUACCCACCCACCCCCCGGAAAUCACUGCAUCUCCUGUUACUGAUAUCUCUGUGUAGUUUGAAUGAACUCUAUUUGUUUGUGCUGCAAUGUGAUGUUAGAAAUCCUAUCAAACACAAGCAUGAUCAUCAUUAAAGAUUAUUUAAGUAAA